GCGUAAUCCACAUCACGACUGAGGAUAGCCGCCGCAUUGUUCGUAAAGUAGUUAUCAAGCUAAUGUAAAUUUAGUUGCAAGCACGAGUUAAUUAGGUGUGUCAACUGUGUAAUAAACUCUGCCAUUAUCGAACCCGCAUCGUGUCGCAAAUUAUUAUUUUGUAAGCUCGGUAGUUGAGCGGGCCAACCGUUGCGGGAUAACAACGAUAAUUCGGGGCGUUGGUAUGUCGUAGAAGCUAAAUUAUUAAUUGACAACAGUUUUAAUCUCUCAGAAAGUAAAUGUCAAACAGUCUUUGCGUAAUUCAAAGAUCAAUAAUUGCUGCAAUUGCAUUAUUGAUAAUGAAAUAAUUGCAUGGCGAACGUGUCGGUCCCUUCAUGCUAUUCGAAAUCGCACGCCAAUUUGCGUAUCGAAUCGUUCACCUACUACGACUAGUAGCACCGCUGUUCCCGGCAACGGUUACUCAUGGAAUUAAAUUCCAGAAUCUAAACAGACAGGAAAGGCGAUAUGGAGACGGUAUUAUUAUAUUAAGCCCUUUAAUUUAUUAAAUUAUUAAAUUGGUCGCUUGUUGUAUCAAUUCGAAAAAUGGCCGACGAAUUUCCGGACACUGACGACGAGUUUGAGGAGGUUAUUCCUAACGAAGACUACGAAGUUCUAAGGGAGAUCGAAGAAAAAAGUUGUCGGAAGAAAUUAAACUUCUCUAAGAAUGAUGAAACUAUUGCACCUAAGCAAUCGUUGAAAGGUGUAGAGGUAACGUCAAUUACCCCUGGACAAACACAAGUCUCAGAUAAACCUGAAACGAAUGGAAGAGAUGACCCCAGUAAAAAUAAUGCCAAUAAACGAACAAUUGAUGAUUUAUUUGGAGACAUUGCCGACAUCCUUGGGGAUGAAGAUACGCGAGACAGUUUUAUGGAUGCAUUUGAAGAUGCACCAAAAGCUAAGAAACUGUGUUGGGAUCUAGAAGAUGGGAUCAUUGAGAAAAUUGUUGAUAGUAGACCUCGACCUAUCGAGAAAUGGAAACUAAAUCAAGAAAUGGAUAACGAUUCCGUUACCCAGAACUACACUAAACAGGAUUCCAUAUCUCUGAGGGUUCCCAAAUGGAAUUUUGUCGCUAUUACUCGAUGCAGUGACAGCCAACGAUUAUACAUAAAAGUUAAGAGUGAUAACAAAGUUACUGUGGCCAAAAGUCGACCAGCGUCUGGCCUCUUAUCUACCUCUUUCAGUAAGCUGAAGACAGAAGCUGAAGAAAUUUUGGUGAACCAUGCCGAAAGGCUGAGCAAAGAAUCUGAAAAGUGUGAGGUGAUUCCAGCUGCCUUCGGUAGCCAAUUAUGGGUCGACAAAUUCCGUCCUCGUAAAUACGGGGAACUAUUGUCUAACGAAAAAGUGAAUAAGAGUUUUCUCUCCUGGUUAAAAUUAUGGGACAAAAUUGUAUUUCAUCGAGACCCCGUUCCGCAAAAGAUUCCGAAAAUUUCAACGAAGUUUGGUGAAAAAAAAUACAUCAAAAAUACGAUCCAGGGGUUGGACGAUCACGGGUUUCCUAUUCCCAGAAUUGUACUAUUGAGUGGACCUCCUGGAUUGGGGAAAACUACCCUGGCACAUUUAGCAGCAGACCACGCCGGGUAUAAUGUAGUCGAAAUAAAUGCGAGCUCUGAAAGAGGCACCACGGAAUUCAAAGCGGCACUUCUUGCCUCGACUCAAAUGCAGUCCGUGAUUGGGAAAAAUCCUAAACCAAAUUGCCUGAUUAUGGAUGAAGUGGAUGGCGCCCCAGCAGCGUCCAUAGACAUUCUUCUGAAAUUCAUUCAUGGAAAACUUACCGAAUCUGAUGAUCCAGCAAUAAAAAAAAAAAAUCGAACCAAGAAAGAAUCGCGUGGUUGUCGAAGGCCAGUCAUCUGCAUCUGUAACGACGCCUAUGCUCCAUCUUUGAGAGCACUGAGGUCAAUGGCGCUCGUGAUUCCAGUUCCCGGAGUCAAUGCUGGAAAAUUAGCUGCUCGUUUGAUGGAAAUCUUACAACGACAAGGGCUUGACGCUGAUAUCAGCGCCCUUGUAAGCUUGGCCGAACAGUCUGGGUGUGACGUGAGGGCUUGUCUCGGAGCACUGCAGUAUACCGGUGGUUUCAAGGUAGGUCAAAAGUUGACCAUUGCUCCAAAAGAUAUGAAGCAAGGGAUUUUCGACUGCUGGAGAGAAAUUUUACAAAUACCUAGAGGCCAGACCGUCCUGUUGUCCACCAGCGAAAGGGUCAAAAGAGUGCUUCGAGUGGUCAGCGGUGGGAACACGGAGCUUUUGGUCCGAGGUGUAUUUCAUAAUUAUCCAGAGAUCGCCUUCCGAGAUGAUCAAAUGGAAACUGUUGCCAGAUCCUUGAGCUGGUUUCAAUUGUACGACGAGCUUAGCACAGUUGUGAUGUCCCAACAGGCCUGGAAUUUGAUGCCCUAUACCAACUACGCGUUCGUUGAUUGGCAUCUUGAUUUCGCUGGCGUUCAGAAUCCGAAACUCACCUUCCCCACCGCUACGAGUGAGGUCAACCAAAAACUGACGUACAACAACGCCAUUUUGGAGACUGUUCGUCAGACUUAUACCGUUGAUAGGUAUGCGCUGAUUUUUGAUCUAGCUCCGCUACUAAUGGAUCUUCUCACGCCUUCCCUGAGGUCUGUUUCUCAAUAUCUCUAUUCUUCUAUCGAAAAAGCGGACCUACAGAGACUCGUGGAAGUACUUUUGGAUCUGGGACUCAAUUUCGUUCAAGAUAAAUCACCGGACGGUGGUUACGUCUGGAAUCUCGAGCCGAACCUCAACGAAAUUGGAAUUUUUCCAGAGAGUAGAGCGCGGAGGGACCUCACGUACGCCGUGAAGCAAAUCGUCGCCAAAGAACUCGAGGUUGCACGUCUGAAAAAAUUCGAAGUAGUAACCACCGGGAAGUCCGCAGAUCCGAAGAAAGUUGAAAAUAAAAAACAACCGGCUCCGGUAGUCCCCGUAAAUUUACCCAAACCACCCGAAACCCCAAAAGAUGGGAGCUCGCAAAAGCUUCCCAAUCAUCUAGUGAAAUUACAACCGAUCGCGAGCCAUCCGGUAGCGCAGAAGGAACAGCCCUACCGCGAUUUCUUCGGUCGUACAGUGGUCAAACCUACGCAGAAUAAGAACGAAAAUAUUUCGCUGCGCAAGAAGAUCGUUCUGUCCCCCCGUACUGAGAGAGCUUUGUUCGGAGGCGACGUCUGGUACGAAUACAACGCAGGUUUGAGCCAAGCUGUCAGACGUGACGUCCGCAUGCGAGAACUGCUAUAAUUCUGCACUUCCCACAGGAAGCGAAAAUUAUCCUUACGCCAUACGUAAGGUGGUAACGAUUAUUUUUUUUAACCAUUUUUCAUCCAUUUUUUCACAAAUUGAUAUUCGUAUUUAUGCAUAUUUUUCUUAAGAGUUCUUUUUUAACCCUAUUUUAAAGAUAAUUUUUAAUUUGUAUAUUUGCCAAAAAUUGUAUAUUCUCUGCCCAAUGGACUUGUCCGAAGUGAGAAGAGAAGCCAAGGAAACGCUGCACCGCUCCGGAUUGUCGGACGGUCGUUAAUUCAUGUACAUAUAAUUAAAGGACAAGGAAACGAAAAAAAAAAAAAA